GACAGACGAGCAGACGUGAAAUCUCAACGGAGAUCUGAGACCGGGGGAUAUAUCAGAGGCGCAGACGACCCGGCAGUUGAGUGGGAAAGAGCAGAGCUAUCAGAGGCGAGAGGAAACGUGUUCGAAAUCCGUACUUGCCUCCUUCACCUCGGGCUCAGUGGCUUGUGAAGUCACUAGAAGUCUUGCCACAAAACGCUGGAGACUAUCACUGGAGACCAAAGUCGACAACUCUCUCCGAUUAAAACAAAAUAAACAACAACGCGCCAUUAAGAAGAAGGACAACUGUUGCUUACCUCUGGAUUCAUUUACAAGACAUCUUUUUGUGUGUUUGCUGUGAGUGUUUCCUCACGUCAGACCAGAAUGACGAAACAAUCCUCACACUGAAGACGACCACAACGGAACAGACGACACAACCUUUUGAUCAGAAUCUCACAAGCGGUCCAACUAGACAAGGGAGACUUCCGGUACAUCAGAGAUCUGUUGGUUACCAUGACGACCAGGAACAGACGCUUGCCGCCAUCCGCUCAGCCCCGGGCUGUCCUCCGGAACAAAGUGUCCAACCACAUGGUUCUCCCGCCCGUGUCUCCCCACUCCAGGAUGUCCAAACUGUCAGAGAUGUCGCCCGAGGCCAGGAGAGCCAUGCUGCUCACACGGGAGGAGACCAAAGAGAACCUGUCGUCUAGUCGGCCAGCCCUCCACGCCAACCUCUCCCCCGAUCCACAACUAACCGACAACAUGCACAUAGGGGACCUGUCCUCAAAACCUGGGGGUACCGCUAGGAAGCCUACAACCGCAGUCACGCCCACCACAACAGCCACGCCCACCACAACAGCCACGCCUUUCCCCAGAAGUCCCAGCAAGGGGCGUGUCCCGUCCAGACCCCGGCGCGCGGACACCACAGUGACGUCACAGCGGGCAGCCAUGCCUCAGGUCACGGCGAGAUCACGCAGCACGUUGUCUCACCACGAGAUCUCGCGGUCUGUCAGCGACAGGAGCGGCUACCACAACAACACGACGAACGUGCACAACAACAACAACAACAACAACAGAAACAACAACAACAACAACACCGCGGCCAGAUCUCGCAACACGAACGUUACCUACACGCUGGUGAACAACAACAACAGCAGCGUCAGCAAUAUGGACGACAACGACGACCAUGAUGGGGAUGAUGAGGGGAACGACAACAACAACGACAACUGUGCCGUCAGGAGUCGCGGUGACGGGAUAGACGAUGACCUGGAUGCUAUGGAACUCAACGGCAAUGAGGACGUCACUUCUGCUUCUCCCGGUCAAAAGAGUGUCGGUGACGGUGACGGUGACGGUGACCGAUCUAGUCAGAGCUUCGUGCUCACGCUGGACAGAGCGCUGGAGAAGCGAGGCGUGAGUCGACUGCGCGGGGACAUCACGGACUCGGCGGCUAUCUCGGAGCCCGGCACGGUGCGCGCGCUGAACGGCGGGAGACUGACCAACGCCCAGGAGGUGGUGGUCAAUGUGUGCCAUGAUGACGUCAGAGAGCUGGUCUUUCACGACGACGACCAGGAGUCUCUGGACACCGCGCAGACCGUCUCCAACAUCCGCAUCAGCGUCUGGAUAGAGUACAACAACCGUUUCCGCCCGGACAUUCUGGACGACACGGAGGACGAGAUGACGUCAGAGACAGGCCGAGACUCGCCCCGACACGACACGCUGGUCAAGCCUGUGCUGACGUCACCGCCAGGGGGAGGGGGUCAGGGCGGCAAAAGCCGGGCCGUGAAGCCUGGCCACAAGAACUUCCUACAGCCUCACAAAGACACAUUGUUGAGUAGAAAGCCUCCUGCCUCUAGAGUUCACAGUCUCUCUGCCGGCAGUCAGGCCAGUAGCCAUAGCAACAACAACAACAACAACAACAACAACAACAUCCGGGCUCGCCCAAAGUCCGGAAGUCCGGCGGGCAGGCAGGAAGUGACGUCAGUGCGCGUGGGCUCCGGGCUGUCCACAGAGAGCUCACGCAGAAGCAGCACCAGCGCCUCCUCUAGACACAGGGAAUCCUUCCUGCGCCGCAAAGCUAGGACGUGAUUUCGACAUGCUUGCAUCU